ACACCUGCAAAUCAAAUAUGGCGGCAGCAUCUGAUAGAAAGGAAAAGAAAAGUAUAUUUGAUAUUUCGAAGUACCUUGAUAAAGGUGUUAGAGUAAAAUUCCAAGGAGGAAGAGAAGCGAGUGGGAUACUCAAGGGUUUUGAUGCACUGUUAAACUUAGUACUAGACAACACUACAGAAUACUUAAGAGAUCCAGAUGACCCACUAAAAYUGACAGAAGAGACAAGACGUCUUGGUUUAGUUGUAUGUAGAGGAACUGCUGUUGUCCUUGUUUGUCCUGUAGAUGGAAUGGAAGCUAUUGCAAACCCUUUUAUUCAAGCUGAAUAGGAUGWGAUUCUUAGUCUUUUUUUCCUCAGUUUCACRUCAUCACUGCCAUGUUGGAUGAUGAUAACAAAGCAUUCCUUAUUAGUUUCGCUUGUUCAGUCAUCCAACAUGGUGCCGAUAGCUUUGGUAUUCUCAAUCAUGUGGUUGAAACCUAAGAAUAGUUGAAAAUAAAUAAAUGAUCUAUCAUUGAUAUCAGUCAUAUACUAUGUACAACAACUAUAUCUUGCUCUUCUUUAUUCAGUAAGGUAGUGUUGCCAAUGCAAUAAGUUAAUGUCAUACACGGUAAAAGGAGAAAUAAAUUACUUAGUUUUCUUUCCUUUUACAGUGUACAACAAUUAUUAAUUUCUACACUAAUAUUUUGCCAGAAAUAUCUCUAUGUGUUAUUGGCUCAUGAUCUAAGGUGUACUAUUUUUUCAUUGUAUAUAAGUAUAAUGUAAUACAAUACCACUUAACAGUAAAGUAAGAGUGAGGGCAGUAGUGCAAGGCAUAUACUAAAACACUAUAGUAGAUGCUAAAUCUUCUUCUAGUACACUUUGGAUAAUACAUUAUUUACAAAUGUCCAAACUCUGGCAUGCUACAUCUACAAAGUCAGCUUUCUACAUGUCUAGUUCUUGCUCUUGAUAAUGUUAUCAACAAAUUCAUUCAUUGAGAAACUCACAGAUGAUCGCAGAGCUAAACAUUUGUCUAAAGGCAUAAGCUAUCUGUAAACUUACACAUUUGUCACAAAACUAUCAUUAAAAUAGAUAAAAAGUUCAGAACCUCUCUCUAGAAAUAGUUACUCAAAUAACCAUAGUUUAUAAUGAAUAAAGUUACUUUUGUGCAACUUC